ACAUCGUCAUCAAAGAUGACUGCUACUCUUCUGAAGAUGAGAAACCAAGAAGAAAAUCACAUUUUGAUUACACUAUCUUUGGUGGUUCGAGAAGCAAUAAUAUCGAGACACAGCACUCAGCAAAAACGAUACACUAACGAAGACUAUGACUGACGCAAGACAGAUGUCGUUAAAUUACAUUUAUUAUUUUCCCUUGGACUGGAAAAAGUCGUGUGUCAGAAGGCUUUCAGACGAAGAGCAACGCUUAAUCUACUUUGAACUUCAAAAGUUGGUUGAAACAAACGCUGUAAAUUUACCAAAUGAAGUACAAGGUUGGGGAACUGGAAUAGUAAAGCUGUUCAAACAAUAUAAGAAUAAGCUGUCAUUGAAAUAUAAUCCACUUGGUGCACUUCGCUCUCAAGAAAUAUUGUUGCUGGUGUACCAUUACGCAGCUAUUGAGCUAAGCAAUAAAUACAAGAACAAUGAUCCCAUCGUUUGCUACAAAAUUAUCGCUGAUCUUGUGGGAAAGAGCAACAAUUGGUUUAACGAAAAUAUAACCGAAGAUACAAUGGUACAUCAAUACUUGGCUACAUUUCUUGACCAUAUUUUUUGUCGUGAUGGGCAUUUUGUUCAAAAAUGGUAGUGAUGAACUUUUUGAAUACUUAUGUUACUUAUUUCAACAUGUUCAGGGCAAAUUCCAUGUUAGAAGCUUGCAAA